UUUCCAAAUCACAUGAACAAAACAAUAAUUGGAUUCAGUUUUCUCUGUGCAGUUGUCAGCAACUGUGCAGAAAAUGUGUAUCCAAUAAGCUCACACUUCAGCGCAUAAUUGCACAAACUCUGUCAUCAAUCCAUCAAUCGAACAAUCAAUCAAUCCAUCAGAAUUGAAUCAGCAACAAUAUGGCCAACCAGCACUCAAUAGACCAACAGCUCCAGCGGAUGCGUCGCCAAUUCCUGCAACACGACCUAAGAGGGGAUGCUAAAAUAGGACACUCGCAGCUGGGCGACUGUCUGCGUGUCCUGGGCCUCAAUCCCAGUGGGGCGAGCAUACGUCAGCACAUCCGACAGUUGUGUGAGCGGCACAUCGAACGCAUUUCCUUUGACGAGUUCCUGUCCAUUUACAAGAGCAUCCAAGAGUCGAAGGCUAUCGCAGAGGCGGAACAAUUCAUAUCCGGUUUAAGCUACUUCGAUGAGCAGCAUACUGGAUAUAUACCUGCGAUCAGGCUUAGACAUAUUCUGGCCAACUGUGGCGAAUGUCUCACCAAGAGAGAAUUGGAUGAAAUAUUAGAAAAUCGGGUGAAUGAUCAGGGCUUGGUCAAUUAUGUAGAGCUUGUGCAUGCCAUCAUGAAUUAUUCAUAAAUUGAAUCAGACAGACUCUAUUCACAUUAACCCAUACACAGUACACUGGAAAUUCAUAAAAAAAAGAUUGUACAGUAUUGUAUAUACUGAAUGACAUAAUACUUAAAAUGUAACAGUUGUUACCUCUUCAAUUUCUGGUGUUUCGUAUGAGGUUUUAUCUAUAAACAGCAGCUGAUUAGGUUUCUAUCUUAAAGUUACAUU